UGCACACAUCCACACGCAUACAUCCAUACGCACACAACCACACGCACACACACUGAUCCAUGCACUCCAUGUCUGACAUGAAAGGCAUACCAGCGUCCUGAACUAAAGUUUAAAGCGGAGGAUUCGAGGUCACACUGGCAAACAAGUGUGCUGGAAAUCCAUAUCUAAUGAAUACUGCUUUGAAACAAGGCCCCAUUGGCACAUUCACAGCGCGACGUGCCAAGGUCGCGUUCGUUCUCUUUCUCUUUCCUCCCUUUCUUGUGUCUGCGUCUGGACCUCCCUCUCCGAAGACAAUGCCGAGCAUCGCCACUCCAUCGCUCCUGGUCGGCCUGCAUCUGCUGGUCCUGAUUGCCAUCGCAGCCCAAUGGAACAGGGUCCAACCGCUUCCGUAUAUGGAUGAGAUAUUUCACAUUCCACAGGCGCAGCGAUACUGUCAAGGCGACUUGUGGGCCUGGGACCCAAAGAUCACUACCCCUCCUGGCCUAUAUGUUAUCAGCGUUCUCCUCCUUGCAGCCAAAUUAGGCGUUUGCACAGCGUAUCUUCUUCGCCUCACCAACCUGAUUUAUCCUAUCGUCAUCCUCUUCACUAUCAUGGCCCUGCUCAAGGAAUUCCAUCCUCAUAUGAGUCGAGCCGACCGAUACAAUGCCGCUGCAGUCAUCAUUUGCUUCCCCGUUCUGUAUUUCUUCAACUUCAUGUACUAUACCGACGGCGGAAGUGCAGCAUUUAUCCUGCUAUCCUGGCUGGCGGCCAAGAAACGUCUGCAUCUCCUCGCAGCAUUAGGCUCUGCGGUGGCCGUGACCUUCAGGCAAACAAAUAUCGUAUGGGCACUUUUCAUUCUCGGAACGGCACUGCUGGAUCUUGCGAACACAACCGAGCGUCGCCAAUUCGACCCAAAGGCCGCGUUCGUUCAAUCGCCCUUGCAGCUUGUUCGUUCCAUAAUCGGGUUCGUACGCAUGCUGUUAUCGCAACUGCCAACAGUACUAGGCAUGGCCAUGCCCUACCUGGGUCUCCUUGCAGGAUUUGCAGCGUUUGUCAAGUGGAACGACGGCAUUGUCCUAGGUGAUCGAUCGAAUCACAUCCCGACGGUGCACGCUGUUCAGCUGUUCUACUUUGUUGCAUUUACCGCAGGCCUAUCUAUCUUUGCAAUUUUGGGCGCUGUGCCUUUGGCUCGCUUGCUGAAAAAACCUUCUCCUAGAUCAUGGUUGAUUAUCCUAGUUAUUGCCUUGAUUAUGACCGCCAUUGUCCACAAAUUCACAAUCGUGCAUCCGUUCCUCCUAUCUGACAAUCGACACUACACUUUCUACAUCUGGAAAGCUCUCUCUCGGCACAAUUGGACCUUGCUCUACGCCUCAGUUCCCUGCUACAUGCUGGCUGCGUGGUUCUGCUGGCAAGCCUUAGCAACGGAGCAGACAAUUCUAUGGAUAACAAUCUAUUGCAUUGCAACAGCGUUGACAUUGAUUCCUUCGCCAUUGCUGGAAUUCCGAUACUUCAUCACGCCUUACUUGAUCUAUCGUAUCGCUGUGCGUCAGUCGCGAGGAGUAUGGCUCAUUUUAGAACUGUUUACAUACACAGCUGUCAACGCCUUUACAAUCUAUAUGUUCCUGAAGAAGCCCUUCCGCUGGCCUCAAGAAGACGGACUGCAGCGAUUCAUGUGGUAGCGAGGAAGAGGAUUACGGUCUUUGCUGGCUCAAAGACACGACCUCUCCUGCCAUCUACCCUUGCAGCAGUCAAUAUCACAAUAUGGGUGAUACACAUUCGCAAGCAUUAUAGCAUGACGCGACACAAAGUCACAUUAAUCCCGCAUAAAAAUGUUCUCCAUUAU